AUGGAAAGAACACUAACAUUUCGUGAGGAAGAAGAAAAAAGAGCCAGAAUAGAAAGAAUUGAACGCAAAAGAAGAGAAAGAGCAGCUAAGAGAGCCAGAGAGGCAAAUGAAAAGACUCCAGAACAGACUGAACUAGAAGAAAGAGCCAAGAAGAGGAAAAGAGACUUAUGGCUCAUUGGUGACUCGGAAGCCACAUGUUGGAAGCACAAGGUUGACUGGGAUGGAGAAAUUGAGGAAGAAAAAGCAUCAGGAACUUGGAAAGGGAUUGCUAAUACAGGCCUAAAUUGAUUCAUGAUCUCUUCCUUGCAAUCCCUGCUGGGACUUAGAGAAUUUGUAGACUAUUUUAAUUGCACCUUUAACAAAGAAAUUCUUCUUGAUGCAAAGAUCUCAAUAUUAUUUGAGCAACUUGUAAAGCAGUAUUUUGAUCCGAAGUGUAGAAAAGUGAGCAUUGAUAAGCUUAGGGAUAAGUUUGAAGACGAGUUUCCAAAGCAUCAACAGCACGAUGCAGUCGAGUUUAUUCUUGAAAUUUUCGACAUUUUGAGAAAUGAGCAAAAUCCUUCAGAACAAACAUUUUUACCAAUUGGAUAUAAAGAUCAUUAUGAAGCUUGGGACAAGUAUCUAGAGUUUCAUUCAUCGAUCGUUGAUAGACUGUUUAUGGGCAUGGAGGAGUCUACCUAUCAUUGAGAAGGUUGCUCUGAAGAGGUCAAAAGAUAUGAAGAGUUUUUAAAUAUCUCAUUACCAUCAUCACCAAAAAUCACUGUCAAAGGAUUCAUGGACUUCCUCUCCAAGUCUACCAGCAAAGAAGAGUAAGUCUACUUACCAAGAUGCCAACACUUCCUCUAAAAAGCCUUGGGUUCCUCCUUGUUUAAGUUAAUUGUGUAGUCAAGGUAACGUUUUAACUGAGAGAUAGUUUAAAUUUAGAAAAGGGAGGAGAGUUAUUGGGGUAUGGAGGAAAGAGGACUGGGAAGCUGCACGAAGGACUUUUGGUGGUUGAGUGGUGAAUGAUGGAAUAAAUCAUAAAAAGAGGUCUUUACAGAUGUUCAGAAUGUCAAAGUAUUCAAUCAUAUACUAUUACAAAGAGAAUAGUUAGAUUUCCAAAAUACUUGAUGAUGUCAUUUGCUAGAUGGGAUCCAAUAAAAGAUACAAGGAUUGAUGGCUUCAUAGAUUACCCUAAAAGUUUUGAGUAUUUCGAUCCUCAGAGUGGUCAAGACAUUAAAUACACUCUCAACAGUUCUAUCAUUAACACCAAUGGUGGUAACUACACUCAUUAUUCUACCCUGAGUCUUCGAGGGUCAACCUGGAUUCAUCUGGCAAACUCAAUGGUGAAUGAAAUCUCUAGUAUGGAAUCGAAGAGCAAGCAUGCCUACAUUUUAUU